AUGAGCCUGGCAGUGCAGACAUGUCUCCAAGUGCAAAGUAAAGACUGUGAUGAGAAACAGAGCUGUCAGUAUAUAGGGUGUAACUGCUUGCCUAUACUGUCUUGUGUUAUUUGUCACAAGGUCUUUUUCUCUAUACUUUUUAGUGAAAAAGAAGCUAAACUGAAACAAAUUGUAUCUGACCUCUAUGAGAAUAACAUCAAGCCGGAAACGAAAGUCUACAACAUCAGGCGAACCAAUGUGUGGGGAUCGUUAAAAGAAAAAAUGAGUAGGAAGUCCUUCGAUCCAUGCAAAACAGUUGAAACAAAAUUCAUUGGUGAAGAGGAAACAGUGGACAUGGGAGGGCCAAGAAAUGAGAUGUUCCGUCUUGCAUUGUCAGAUAUAUUUGAACACUCUGGCCUCUUUGAAAUGGGCCCUGGGGGGUACUUGCCUACUGCAUCUUCAGUAUCUGUUUGUAACAGAGAUUAUGUAUCAGUUGGAGUGGUUUUUGCCAUGUCUAUCGUACACCGUGGGCCGGCACCAAAUGGACUUCACCCAGGCAUUGCCCAGGCAGUGUGCGGCAGAGACCUGGAGCACCUGAAUGCAGAAGAACCCAAGGAGCCAAGGCUGGCUCAAUUUUUGCAAAAGCUGGACAAUGCAGGUGAGAAUCUGUCAGACAUCCUGCAGGAUGAGGAGGCAAUGAACAUCCUGGAAACCAUCGGAUGGACGAAAGCAUCCACAACAUCAGAAGAUGUGCCUACUUUGAAGAGGACAAUAUGUCUCCAUGACAUUAUUCUAAAGAGGAAGACUGCAAUAGACCAAAUCCAUCAAGGCCUAGGCAUCUUUGGUCUGAUUGAUGCAUUUGACGAGAAUCCAUCCCUAUUGGACUCGAGGAACUGCUUAACCUCAAGAACCAGAAAGUUACAGCUGAUGAGGCCUCACAAAUAUGAAGGCUCUGUAUCGCUGAAAGAGUUCAUCAUUUUCGUAACAAGUUUCAAGACAAAGCCACCGACGGGAUGGCCAAUGCAGCCCCUGAUACAGUUCAGAAGGUGUGAAGAAGGAUGCAGUUGUUUUCCUCGGGCAAAUACAUGUUCUUUUACAUUAACACUACCUGAGCACAUGGCUAGGCUGACAAAGAAAGAGUUUGACAUGAAAAUGAAGAGGGCAAUCAGGGAUGGGUGGGGUGCGAAAGUCUUCACCGAAGAAGAGUUUAUUCUGGAGAAAGAGGCCCAGCAGAAGAAGAGGGACGACGCAGAGCUGAAAAAAGAAGAAAGACGAAAGCAGCGGGAAAGCCGGAAAGCAGAUGAGAUGGCCAUGGCAGCACAAAAGAGGGAGAAGCAAAAGAAGAAAAAGGCUGUUGUUUGA